AAACGACCUCUUUCCCCCAGUCAUUUUCACCAUUUGGCCUUGCAGACCAUGCAGCAACACAUUCUUCUCAUCCUUCCCUUCCUGGCCCUCGCUCUCGCGCAAACAGCAUGCCCGACAACACCUACAGACCCAAAUUGCGCGUCUUUCCGGCUCUCGGACAGCGAUGCGACGUCGCUGGUUGACACUCUCUGCCACCAAAUGAGUGGGAUGCCAGGUUGCACCCUCCAACAACAGUGUGCGUCUGGCAAAGUGCCGCAGCAGUAUUGCUCACCAAUGUCGUUGUACGCGGACAUUUGCGCGUCAGACAUGCCGUCUAUGGGCUCCUGCAAGACUUUUGUCAACAUGUGCGGUAACUCGACUACCAUGGCGUCAACAGUCAAUGCUCAGUGCAAAGAACCGACCUCGGCCGCACUGCCCAGUAUCCCGACUAGUAAAAUCGCCACACAAAAUAUUCGUAGCAUUUGCACUGAAAUGAGCAUGCCUGGUUGUGAACAAUGUUCCAUUCCAUCCGAUACCGCUGGUUAUGCCCAAUGCGAUUUGCUCGGAACAUAUUCCCUACUCUGCAAAGCAAUGCCUGAUAUGAGACAAUGUGCAGACUGGAAGCAAAUGUGUGCGGCGACACCUGGCUUGUCACUUUGUUCAACGAGCUCAGACGGUGGUAACAACGAUCCCCCCGUCAUGAAAAUGUUCUUCCAUACUGGCAUCGUAGACUAUGUUCUCUUUGAAAAAUGGGUUCCCCGCACCAGCGCUCAGUACGCUGGAACAUGGUUUGCCGUCUUUUUCCUUGGCAUCUUUUAUGAAGCCUGGCAAGCCUUUAUUGCAACCUACGAAGCCAAACGUCUCUAUGGCCGAUCAUCCUCGGGUUUUCCUUCAUCCUCCAAAAGCGAACUCGUCCUUAGCGCCAUUGAUGAAUCCAGAUCGGAACGGGUCAAGAGGGCCCUUGUGCGCGGAGUGGCAAAGUUUGUCACGGUUACGGGAGCGUAUGCAUUGAUGUUGGUGGCCAUGACAUUCAAUGUCGGCUUGUUCUUUGCGGUGGUAACGGGUUUAGCAGUGGGUGCAGCCAUAUUCUCUGAAUGGACAAGAGCAGCUGUGCAGGCUGCUGUACUAGGUGAAGCCAGUGGGGAAGAGUUGUGUUGUUAGGGGCUAUGUCGUUCGGCACUAGGAGGUUUUGCUGUUCCUUUGAUUCGGUUGUACAUAUUUGUAUGAGUUUUUUUUUCCCCCAUUUUUCGUGCUAGUUGGCGUACGCUAUAUUGUUUAGUGAAUAUUAUACUUCUGCGGCGUACUUGUUGGAAAGUCAAACCCUUAGUCAGGCAACCGUAGGACCAGCAGCUACUUCAUUUCACUGCUCUCAAGCACCAUCUCAC